AUGAAAGUUCCACGCUUGUGUUCGUGGGAAUACAGUGGAGAAAGCGUGUCGCACCGGAUGAUAAAUGUGCGAAAGGACACAUUUGUAGAGACUCAGGUGUUCUCUCACCACUCCACUCAAUCACUGACAGACGAGCCAAGAUUCGUAGAGCCGAUACCCAAUGUCACGGUGGCGCUUGGUAGAGAUGCCUCCCUCCCAUGUGUCGUCGAGAAUCUUGGCACUUUUAAGGUUGCCUGGAUCCACAUAGACAGGCAGAUGAUCCUGACCAUACACAGGCACGUGAUAUCUAGGGUUCCUCGCUUCAGUGUCUCUCAUGACAACCAGAAAACGUGGUUACUGCAUGUAAGUGGGGUCCAACAGGAGGACCGGGGCUUCUACAUGUGUCAGGUCAACACGAAUCCUAUGAUCAGUCAAGUGGGUUUCCUUCAAGUAGUUGUUCCCCCAAACAUAAUGGAUGAACAUAGUACAGCGUCCUCGGUGGCGGUACGGGAGAACCAGAAUAUCAGCCUCACCUGCCGCGCUAAAGGAUUCCCUGCGCCUAAGAUCAUGUGGCGCCGAGAAGAUGGACAAAGCAUGAUCAUCGAUCGGAGGAAAAAAGUGAACGUGUUUGAUGGUGAUUUUCUUAACCUCACGAGAAUAUCGAGGACAGAAAUGGGAGCUUACUUGUGUAUUGCCACUAAUGGAGUACCACCAUCAGUAAGCAAGCGGAUCAUUGUUGACGUCGAGUUUUCGCCGAUGAUCUGGGUGCCAAACCAGCUGGUGGGCGCCCCAGUGGGCACGAGUGUCACUAUUGACUGCCACAUAGAAGCCUACCCACGGGCCAUCAGCUACUGGGUUUACGAGAACGUGAUGCUACUGCCCACCACAAAGUAUGGCACUGACACUUCCGAGAACAGCUACCGAUCCCAUAUGAAGCUCACGGUGAACAACCUGCAGCCACGCGACUUUGGAACUUAUCGCUGUAUCAGUAAAAACUCGUUAGGAGAGACUGAGGGUUCCAUCAGACUUUAUGAAAUACCACUGCCUUCAGUAGCCCCUAAGGAAACAGAACAAAAACCAGUCACCAAUAAAGACACGGAGAAGCCAGCAGGGGCGACAAAUGUUACCAAGCUUUCUCAGCUGGGCAGUGCGGCCCCCAAGACAUCCACCCCUGCUCAGUUCAAUAGGGAGGAAGUGCCUGCCCCAAGGGACCCCCCGCCACCACCACCCCACAACCACCUCGCCCCCUCAGAUUGUGGACACAUGACAAGAGCCGUCUACUGGAGACUACUCCUGCACCUUGCCGCUGUAUCUUUAAUCACAUCUUCGUGUUACUGAUGUCUUUAGAUUUCCGAUUAGAUACUAAGUCUUGUGAUCAAUUUGUACAUUGUUUAUUUGUACAUAAACUGUAAAUAAUGUAUAUAAUCAGUGAUUUUUUGCUAAUACCCAAUAUUUUAACAUUAUUCGUAUUGCCUUAUACAUUUGGUUUGUUUAAAAACACACAGUUGAGUACUCGUAAAAAUUCGAAAUUAUUUUUUUCAUGUAGUUAAUUGAUAAAAAAUCACAUUUUGUCCUAUAAUAUUUGGAUAUAUUCAUUGUAGUAGAUAAAGUUAUAAUAAUAGUUCAUUUACCAAUAUUUUCAUUAAAUACAUUAAACAACACAAGUACCUUUAAUCCUCGUGACUUUUGAAAAACAUUCUUUAUGUUUGGUAUAAAAGUACUGAUAUUUUAUACGUAAUUCUAUAAUAUUUUAUUAUUUGUAAUUAUUUUACUCAGUAACGUAGAUAUUUUUUGUGUUUUUGUACUAUAAUUUGAACACACAAAUUCUGAGUAUGUAAUAUUAUUUACGAAUAGGUGAAGAAAAUAUUUAUUUUGUAAAUGUGUUAUAAUUUAAAAAUCCUUCUUGUACCAUAUGAAACUUAGGUCUGAAAUAAAAUAAUUUCUAUAUUUUCACCGACACAAUAAUAAUAUUAAAUUAUUUUCAGAAAAAUAUUAACACAAUUUUUUUUAUAAAACUAAAAGUAUCUUGUGUAUGAAAUAAAAGUAUCUACUUUUAGUUAUGAAAUACACACAAAUAUUUUCUGAGUUAUAUUAUUUUGAAGCUAGUCCCACUAUUAUCAUAGAUGUAUUUAAAAUUUUUCCAUAGGAAAAUUAUGUAUUGUUGCUUUAUUUGAAAAAACCAUUACACAUCAUUAACAUUUUGGUCAAUUGGAUAAUUUUGUUUGACACUGAGCGUGUUUGAUGAUGUAUUUACAUAAAUAAUUGAAGUUGAUAUGAAAAAUAGAUACAAAAACACCUGUAUUUUACACGUUGUGAGAAAUAAAUGGUAUGAUGGUUGAAAAUUACAGAUGUAGUUUAAAAUUAAAAUAUCUUAAUUUGUACAAUACAAAUAAAACUUCCGAUCACCCAGAUAUAUUCUCUUUGUUUAAUAUUCUUCGUUUAAUUUGUCCACAAAUAUAUCAAAAGAAUACUGUUAUAAUAAUUUGCUAUUAGAUAAGCUAUUUUAUAAAUCGUAAAAGUUAAGGGGAAUAUAAUUACACCUUUUAUUCAUGAGAUGUUAUUUGUAUGGAUGGCCAUCUAGCAUUUAAGUACUAAGGCAUUUCUGAAUUAAUUUGGCCUACUGACUUGAAAUUUUUGAUUGACAGUAUCUUAAUGCUCUUUUGAAUCAAUUUAUUUUAUAGAUUUGUGGUAAGAAUGAAAUAAAAGUGUGAUAAAUAAAAAAAAUUUAACUCAUAUUCGAUAAGGUUAAAUUGUAAACAAACUUUAGAAAUGUAAGAUUUUACGCACCAUGUAAUGCAGGAGAUUCAGGAAUGAUCAAUAUGUAUCUCUAUCACUUGUUACAAUGUAUAGCCUACCUAAAGUUGAUAAAAAACUACUUGAGGUGCAUCUAGAUUAAAUGUUACCGAAUACUAUACUAUUGAAAAAAAUGCACCAAGACAGCAAUCAUCACUAUGUUGACUGUUUCCCACUCCCAGAAGUUUCCUAUUGUUUAUUAUUCUUCUCUUGAACUUCUUUUCGCGAAUUUCAACUUCUGUUUCUGUCGAUGUUCAAUGGCCCUUCAACUAUUACUCGCCCAAAUUUUACUCAAUAAACUUUAAGAGAAUGAUGUUAAAUAUUGUAAUACUUGGUAUUAUUCCCGAUAGGUAAUUUACAAUUAUAAUAAAAUAUGAAAACCUUAAAAAUACUAUAACACGAUUUUUUAUCAGCUAUUGUCUGCAUAUGCAAGAAACAUUACAAAUCCUUUUAGACCUUCAUCCAUCUAUAGCAACUACAUAAAAGAAAUAAAUGUGAGAUUAUUUGUAAAUAUGAACAAUUGAGCGUCCGAAGAAAGCUUAACGCUAUCAGUUUUGAAAAUGUACGACCUGAUUGGUAAAUCAUACUUAAAUUCAAGUAAACCUUUAGGUGUAUUUAAUUACAUCCAGAGUAUAUAUUGUUCUAUCUAACUUUGUAAUGAAAUAGAAAGAAAUGGAAAACAUAUAUACUCCUCUUAAUGUAAAUAUCUUCAAAUGUGUUGUAAUUUAUUCUCGGCAAACACACACACACACACACACACACACACACACACACACACACACACACACACACAUAUACAUAAUAUAUAUUAUUAAUUUAUAUAUAUAUAGAUGGAGGUGUUUUAUGUUUGAAGUUUGCUUCGUAUUGAUUUUUAUUCCUUUAGAUCAAUAAAUAUGCCUUUUGAAAAAUCUCGAACAACACGUCUUAGUAAGGUAGUUUGGGUUUUGGUUCAGUUGUAAUUUGCAUCUUAUUAAAAACGGCUAUUUUUCGAGUAUCACAAUAGUACAUUCCAUUAAGAAAUACCUAAAGUAAUGUUCCAAUGUAUUAGUCUAAAAAUGACUAGACAUUGAACCAUAUACCUGCUCUAUACAAUACUACAAUAUUUUGAUAAUUGCUCAGUAAUUUGUUACAAUGAUUUUAAACUACAUCUAUAUUAUAUUAUUGAAAGAGUAUUGAAAGUUCUGUAUAUUUGUAUAUUGAAAUGAACAUUAAUUUGUUAUAAUUUAAGCAAAUAUUACAUUUUAGUAGGCUAUAUGUAAAAAAUUUUAUACAUGAAUAAUAGGCUAAAAUACAAAGCAAUUAAAUUCCUGGUAUUACCUUAUUAUUUGGUUUAAUAGUUGUAGAAAUCUUUAUAUUGAAUAAUAUGUUCAUUUCCCUGUAUAUUUUAAUAAAAAUUACAAAAAUUCGUAAAAUAAAUUUAAAACUUGCGAUUAUAUGACGUAUAAAACAUGAUUUUACUGUUUUAAACACAAGGUAUUACAUAUCAUUGGCGUAAGUUGUUUGGCAAUGCAGGUGUAAUUUUCGUAAGUAUAAUCACCAUUCUUAAAAUGUUUAUAACUUUCAAUUGUUCCACAAUUUGUUGUAGAAGAUUUAAACCCACUCAUAACAUUUUAUUCUUUCUUUAACAAUGUUUAUGUCAAGAAGUGCACUGUUGAACGUCUACGUUGGAUUGAUGUUACAUAAUAGUUUUUCAUGUUAAAAUAUUAACUAAUCUAUAUUUCAUUGAAUAAGAAGCUCUCCUUAUAAUGGAGGAAACCUAAAAUAGUCCAAAUAUAUUUAAAUUUGUGUAAUUAUCCUAAAUUUAAAAUUUGUGGACAAUUUGUACUUAUGUUUAAUUAUAUUUUGUGGUAAGAUUUUGUUAUAAAGUCAAUUUAUAAGAAUACAACUAAUAAAUUAUUAAUGAGUUGAUAGAUCAUUUAACGUGUACUUGCUAAUGACAAUGUUGUUGCUUUUUAUUGUUAACUAGUUUUUAAAACACUGAUGUACAUAUAUCACUAAUGUUCUAUAUUACUGGAUAAUUUUAUUGUUGCUGAAAGUGAGAUUGAGUGACAAAACAUUAUUUGCGAAACGACAGCUUGCAUGUUAUAAUACACCUCACUGAACUAUAAUAUGAAUAAAGUAAAAUAUGUAAAUUGAAAUAACUCUGUUAACUGAUAUGUAUAAAUUACAAUAUGGCAUGUAAAAUACACCUGAUUGUAUUUGUGUUGGUAAAAUUGUCUGUUAAAGAGAAAGUAAUAAAUUUUCUGCAAUAUA